AUCCUUAAACCGACUUUAUUACAGGACUACACACUUAUCGAAGACGAGCUCCGUUCCGGCUAUCACCCUCAAAACUUCUUCUGCUAUUCAAUUGAUCGAAAAUCUAAUAAGGAUUUUCAUGAUAGGAUAAAACGACUCGCUGUCUGUUUCCCGAACGUCAUCAUAGUACAAGAGGAAUUUGACGUUGACAAUGCCGGGCACUUCAUGAAUCACGCCUUUUACAAAUGUAUGCAGUUACUGGCAACGAAAUCCGGAUGGGGAUAUCUUUUACUGCUUCAGAACCAUGAUGUUAUCACGAAAUCCCCAUAUGAGAUGGUGGAAAUCUAUAGACUGCUCGGAGGCGCUAAUGAUGUGGAGAUAACGCCGUGUCCGGAAGGGCGUUGGAAUCACUCAAGAGAGUGGGAUGCACGUUCGUUGAAGCUGUUCGUAAAUGGUUUCUCGGCGUCACCGACACAGCUGAACGCGACUCUUAAGUUUGCAAAAGGUGCAACUCAGGCGUCCCUCUCUCGAGCUGCUGUGGAGUGGCUAGUCAAUACGGUCAAUCUCACGACUCUUAUUUCUCAAAUCAAUGAACAGCCAUUUGGUGUAGACGAAAUUCUCAUACAAUCUUUACAAAUCACCGACGAAUUGGACAUGCCUGGAAGAUUCACUUCUGAGUGCUUGAAACAAGGCAAGAAUACGGACUUUAUCAGUAGAAUGUCGCAUUGGAUGUAUGGUGGACAAGAAUUUUGCCGAUCUCGGAAAAUUCGUCGAGCAAUCUGUGUACUUGGUAUAGAAGAUUUUCAGCUACUGUCGAAGUAUCCAACUGUGAUGGCGAAUAAAAUGUUGCCGGAUUUCGACUACGCUAUUGUUGACUGUAUUCAUGAAAUGAUCUUCAAUCGAACGUUUCUAAAUCAGAUAGACUAUCCGCUGGACUCGAAUUACUACAGAAAUAUGGUCAAUGUAAAGUUCACCUUUUUUUCAUACUAUCCGCUCAAGCGGAGAUCUCUAUGUAUUCCUUAG